AUGCUACCACCUCCAAUCAACAUCCCGAAAUGGAUAGAAGAGAAUGGACAUCUCUUGCAACCUCCGGUUAAUAAUUACUGUCUCCACAGAGGAGGAUUUACGGUAAUGAUUGUAGGUGGGCCUAAUGAGAGAACCGAUUAUCAUGUUAAUCAGACACCUGAAUACUUCUAUCAAUACAAGGGCCACAUGUGUCUUAAAGUCGUGGAUGAUGGUGAAUUUAAGGACAUUAUUAUCAAUGAAGGAGAAUCGUUUUUGCUACCAGGUAAUACGCCACAUAGUCCAGUGAGGUUUGCUGAUACUAUUGGCUUAGUGGUUGAACAGGAUCGUCCUCAGGGACUGAAUGACCGUAUUAGAUGGUAUUGUCUGAAUUGCAAGGAAAUAGUGCAUGAAACUGAGUUUUACUGCUCUGAUUUGGGAACGCAAGUGAAGGACGCAAUCGUUUCCUUUGAAACGGAUUUAGAGAAAAGGACAUGCAAAAAUUGUGGAACACUGAACUAUUCCAGGCCAAAAUAA